UUAACCCUUCAUGCUCUGGGGAAGCUCCCUGCUGCCCUCUGCUCCCUCCCCAUUCCUCCACAGGGCUGAUCAGGGCCUAGGGUGGAGAGGUGAUCCCCAAGUAGACUUGCAGGCUGCUGGGAUGGAGGGAUGUUGAAAGAAAGGCAGGAGGAGAAAGAGAAUAAAGGAGGGAGGGAGGAGCUGGCACAGAUGGGUCAGAAGAAGCAGAAGAGAGAGGGAAGGAGAAAGCCUGUUGGUGGAAAGGGAGAUCAAGAUUCAGGGCCAGGCGGAGCAAUACAUCACACAGAGGGAGAGACAGGAGACAGGAGCCCUGGCAGAUGAGAAGACAGAGGGCGGAGGGACGGAGACAGAACCAGGCAGCGCUCAGACGGACAGAGACCAGGAGGAAGACAGUGACACGAAAAGACAGGCCCAGACAGAGGAACAGAGCCAAGCCCGCUGGAAGGAAAGGUGAAAGACCAUCUGAUGGAGAGAUAUGAGGCAGAGCCUCGCUGAAGGGACAGCACUGGGCUCUGGGAAAGCAGGGAAUGUGGAAGACCAUGUAAUGGAGCAAUAGGGAGAGUAACGGGUGGCUCAGGGGAAGAAGGAAAUGUGGACAACUGCCUGGCGGAGAGACACAAGACAGACCCAGCCAGAGGGGUAGACCCAGGCACGCCGGAAGGUGGAAGAUUGCAUGACGGAGAAACAGCUUUUGUGAAGCUGGAAAGAGAGAACAAGACAGGCCCCAGGUACAGAGAGAACUUGAAGAAGGGAGUGCGGGAGGCAGCGUGACGGAGAGAGAGAGCACAGGACAGAGCUCUGAUGGAGGGCUAAAGCUGGGCUGGCUGGAAAGAGCGAGUGUGGGAGGACACGGAGCCCAGGUGGAGUGAAGGGCUGGGAAGGAGGGAACAUGCCAGGCUGGUGAUGGAAGGAUAGGACACGGAGCCUGCUGAAGCAAGACCUUCGGAAGAAGAGAGCGUGUCUGGCCAGGGACAGAGGAACAGAAGGAGGCGGGGCCUGGGGCAAGAAGGUUUGGAAGGAGGGAACGUGGCAGGCUGCGACAGAUGAAUAGGAACGCACAGAGCCUGAUGGAGUGAGAGGUUUGGGAGGGAACGUGGCAGGCCAGAGACAGAUGAACGGGAGCGCACAGAGCCUGGUGGAGUGACAGGUUCAGAAGAACUGAACGGGGAAGACGGUGACAGAGGGAUAGAGGGGCACGGCCUGGCAGAGCAAGACUUGGAAGGAGGGAAGGUGGCAGACCUGUGACAGAGGAGUAGAAGGACACAACACCCAGCAGAGUGAGCGCAGGAAGGAGGGAGGGUGCCCAGCAAGCGACAGAGAGAGGGGGCCAUGGCAGGCACCCCCCCGCCACCGCCACGGGGUGACAUCCCGCGCAACCUGAGCUACAUCGCGGGGCUGUACGAGCGCGCCUACUACCGCACCGCCCGGCCCAGCCUGGCUGACGACUCAGAGGACUCGGAGCCCGAGGGGCGCUCGCGCCGCUCCACCCGGCCCCGUGCCCCCCGGCUCCGGACCCGCCGGACCCGCACCCGCCAGAGCCGUCGGGCUCACUCUGCCCCACCGGGGCCAGGGGCGGGGGCUGGGGGGGGCUCGGGGCGGUCACGCAGCCCCGGGGCGCGCAAGCGGGUACGAUUCGCUGACGCGCUGGGGCUGGAGCUGGCCAGUGUGCGGCAGUUCUGGCCAGCCCAGCUGCCCGAGGUGCCCGAGCGCGUCCAGGCCCAGCUACGGCGGGGCUCCCUCAGCCACUUCCCACCCUGCCUGCCCUACAUCAAGGCAAGCAGUGGGGCAGCGCCGUGGGCAUGGGCAGCGGCAGAGGCAGAGGUGGGGGCACGGCUGGCAGCGCAGGCGGUGGCACUGGAAGGGGCACGGGCAGAGGGGGUGGGCGUGGCGGGGACACUACGCGUGCUGGACCUGGCCUAUGAAAAGCGGGUGAGCGUGCGCUACACAUGGGAUGGCUGGGCCAGCAAGCGCGAGGCCCCGGCCGCCUACGCCGGCCCUGCGCCACCCCCCCCUGGUGCCUGCCCACCCACCGCACCUGGUGCCGACCGCUUUGCCUUCCGCCUGCCCCUGCCACCGCCUAGUGCCACCCUGGAGUUUGCCCUGCGCUACUGUGCUGCUGGCACCGAGUUCUGGGACAACAAUGAAGGCCACAACUAUGCCCUGCGCCCUACCGUGCCACUUGCUGGCUCCCCCCGUGAGCUGCCCCCUAGUCCCCUGCCCCUUCCUGACUGGAGCCGCUUUGCCUAACACCGCCCCGGUCCCACCGGGACCUCCACUCAGCUCAUGGCCCUCACCCAGACCACUGGUCUUGGCCCCGCGACUCUUAACCGGCACCCUCCACACCCCCCCCUCGUGCAGGCUCACGGCCCCAGAUGGGACCCUGGCCCCAGCCUCCAGCCACAGCCCUGCACAUCCCAGCCAGGGCAUCCCAGCACACCCCAGGUGGGUCCCCCUCCCCAUGAUCCCACAAGGCCCGUGACCCCUGCACUACACCCCACUCCGCCAGCCAGGAACACUGGCCUUGGUCCUAGGAUCUCAGGCCCCCCAUCCCCAGCCAGGCCCCCCAGCUGCACCACAAGAAGGCGCCCUGAAAUACACUCUGCCCAGAGGGCCCAGAGGCACCCCCCCCUCCCCGCCACAGCUAUGGCCUGAUGGGGGGCAGGACUCCCCAUCUGCCCCUGGGGGCAGGGCUAGCUACACCUGAGGGGCAUAGCCACCAGGGGCUCCUCCCACCAGGCCAGAGGCACUCCUGCAUGGAGGAUGCUGGGCAUGGGUGCACUACUGCCAUGGAGGCCGCACUGCCUGACAAUAAAGACAAUGAAGUCUAGACUGGUCAAGCUGGUGCGUCCCUAGUGUUCAUCUGUCCACCCACAGCGCGGGGCUGCCCGGGGUGUCUCCGGGACCGCUGGGGGUGGGGAGAGAACCCAGGCAUCGAGCUCCCAGCCACAGCCGGAGGGGCAAGGAUGCAGAGCUACCACGGGUGACACGUGAUGGACCCCAGCCCCAUCUCCAGACAUAAUUAUUGCGCUGCCUGUUUUCCCACAUGACCCCAGAGGUCUGGGUGUGGGGGGGGGAGGAGGCGAAUCGAGCAAGGGGCAAAGAGAAAUGGAGGCCUGGACGCUGUUUCCCCCUAGCCCUGCUGGUGCCCCUCACUCCCGACCUGCAGCUCCCCCCACCAGGAAGCCAGGGCACAGCUGCAGAAACAAAAG